AUGUAUGACGUUGUGGGCAACCGGGACCGCGUGAGCCAGCAGAUCCAGAUCAAACUCGGCGACUACCAGAUCGCACAGACGCUGCUCGACGACCCCAGCAAAUCCAUCGGCAUCUGUGCUGAGCCCCCCAGCCCCGCGCCAUGUCACCCGUCCCGGCGGGAGAGCGAGUUCAAGAAGCCGGCCCACGCUCCCCAGAACGGACGAGUUCACCAUCGACCGCCCUACCCCUACAACAAGAGCGAAAGCCUGAGUUCCACGGGCGCGCCCGCUCACCGCCCUCCCCCGCUGCGGAUAUCCAAUGGCUUCCAACCACCGAGUUCAAGUAUCGAUAGCAGUCAAUUGCCAAUAGAAAGUAUUUUAAAGGAGAUGAAGUCACUACCUACCCCAUUGUCUGUGAUAGCGGCCACGCCGAGGAAAGAACUCGAAAACAAGUUCAUUUUCAACCCCUAUACUAAUAAGGUGCAAGAGAACCCUCAGCUAGCGAACAACGAUCUCAAAACACCUGUAACGAAGCCUGGUCUCGAUAACCGGAUAUCUAAUUCGAGGAGUUCAGUUUCGCCUCAACAUGUGAACGCGCGUGGUUGCAGUGAGGUGGUGAAUAAGGAUCUCGGGCUUUCGGAAAGCGAUGACGAGGUCGCCGUCACCACGGCAAGGCUUGGACCUAUCAUAUCUCCUAUCGGCUCCGGCGGCAGUCCCAGUUCCGGCAGUGAAUCCUCCCCGUCCGAUUCCGAGUCGGAAUCAUCCUCUAGUGAGUCGACAGCGGCUUGCACGGCCGCGCCCGCCGCGCAGCCCGCGGCCGAGCGACCCUCAUGGAGUCUCAGUAACUUCGCCCCUCCCUCACAGCAUCCGCCGCAGCACUACGACGCCGGCAAGGAUCUCCGGCACGCACUCGAAGAUGUCAAAGGCAAACCGAGUCCAAUUUCGGAGUUGUCGGACUCUGAGACUUCGUCGCCGUCGCCCGGCGCGUCGCGGCGUCGGCGCUCUACACAGCUGUACUAA